AUGGCCUGUGAGGUUGAAUAUGAACCGUCUGAUGAAGUUAUCGGGUUAAGGCGAGUACCCAUAAGUUGUGCUGUUCGUUUCCGACCCUGUAUUGAUAUACACAAGGGGCAAGUGAAACAGAUUGUUGGGUCGACGCUUUUGGAUUGGAAGGAAUAUGGGCCGGCUCUGGUUACCAAUUUCGAGUCGGAUAAGUCGGCGGGGGAGUAUGCAAAGAUGUAUAAGGAAGAUGGGCUUACAGGUGGCCAUGUGAUAAUGUUGGGGGCAGAUCCUUUGAGUAGAGCUGCGGCCAUUGAAGCUCUGCAUGCCUAUCCUGGUGGUUUGCAGGUAGGAGGUGGGAUCAAUUCAGAUAAUUCUUUGCAAUACAUAGAAGAAGGGGCUAGCCACGUCAUUGUCACUUCUUAUGUAUUUAAUAAUGGGCAAAUGGACCUUGAAAGGCUUAAAGAUCUUGUUUGUGUUGUUGGAAAAGAAUGGCUUGUUUUAGAUCUUAGCUGUAGAAAGAGGGAAGGUAAAUAUGCAAUUAUCACAGAUAGAUGGCAAAAGUUCAGUGACGUGUAUCUUGACAAGGAAAUAUUAGACUUCCUUGCCAAGUAUGCAGACGAGUUUCUGGUACAUGGUGUCGAUGUGGAAGGGAAAAAAACGUUAGAGUCAACUAGCUGUCAGUCUGCUGAUCAGGUGGAAGCAACAUUAGUUAACAAAGGAGCCAGAGUAAUAUCUGAAGAAUCAACCUGUUGGUGUUGUGCUUAUGCAGGCGUGGCUGGCCAGAGAUAGCCAAUACAUGGGAACCCUUGGAGAAUCUCCAAUCUGUCUCUGAUGUUAUAGAAGCAUUUGAAAAAAGGUAUUAUUUUGUUUUUGU